AUGAAGCGCUUUGAAGUUGAUACUGAAAACUUUUCUAAAACUUCUCAAUUAGUAGGUGGGAUAGCCAUUCACUUGUACAAUUCGGAUUCUUUGAUUCCUUAUGUCGAAUUGUUCAAUAAGUCUUUAGAGGAGGUGGAUCACUCGGGGAUAAACAAAAAAGAUCUUCUGCAAUUGAACAUAAAUGUACUAUACUUCGCUCAUGGAAGAACUAGAAGCUAUAAAGACUCUGAGUCAUUGGCUAAAACUAUUUUGAAACAAUUUUAUUCUAAGAAAAAUAAAGUUGAAGAACCAUUAAUUUGUGUCGUAUUUGAUGAUAGGAAUCAUGGUGACAGAACUGUGGACAGCAGCCGCAAUUCGGGAUGGACAUCAGGGAAUGACAAGCAUGCUCUUGAUAUGGUAUCGAUAAUCGAUGGAACGGUCCAGGAUAUAAAGCUAAUUAUGGAUUAUUUACCAAGCUUCUUGAAUUUAGAAUUUUAUUUGUCCCCCUCAGCUAAGGAGAACUUUGAAACAAAGAUCGCGUAUAGAAACGGAAUUAGUGGAACCUCUUUGGGUGGUCAUAUCGCUAUUCGAUUUGGAUAUUACUAUCCAGAAUUGGUAGAAUACAUCAACCCAAUUAUUGGAUGCUCUGAUUUGUCCUCGCUAUUGCUCAAUAGGUUGUUGAAAGCAGAUUUGACAUCCAGUAGUUAUGAUAUAAAAUGGUUUUACAAAGAUUACAAGGAAUUGGGUCUUUCAGAGAACCAGAAACAGAAACAAUAUCCCGAAACAUUCCACAAGUAUCUCAGUAAUCAAGACAUCGGGAUUUUCGAAAACUAUCCAUUUUCCAAAAUAAGGAUGUUUGCAACAUUUGGUGAGCUAGAUAAAUUGGUGCCUCCAAGGUUGUCUAGGCUCUGGGUUGAGAUAUAUAAAAAUACAAACUCUGAUACUGAUGUCUACAUCCAAAAAGGUGCUGGACAUGAGAUCACUGCAGAGCUGAUCGAUAAAUUCACUUCUUGGUUGGUAAAAUACAUUUAA